AUGUCUAGCGAUUUCGCUAUCUAUAUUCGAGACAAACUUUUUGACAGCAAAACAUCUGUCGACCAUAAAAUCUUACAUAGUGUAAACAAGAAAGGUGAAUUUGUUCUAAAGUUCUGUUUCUGGGAAUAUGACAAGAACCAUAAAACAUUACAAAGAGCAGUCUUAAAAUUUGUCAAUGACAGACUUGUUGACAGAGAUGACGCCGAUUGGAAAGAUGAAGUCCAACAAAAGUUCUUAGAAUGCAAAGAAGGCACAUGCGCUGUUCUUGAAGAUGAAAUAGAAAACAGAAUAGAAGAGCUAUUAAAGGACAAAGAACUUUUACAUAAAUAUGGUUCUGAGAAAUUUGACAUAACUCCACCAGAGAAGAAGAAGAAGAGAGAAAAGAAAGAAAAGAAAGUAGAAGAAAAGAAAGUAGAAGAAAAGAAAGUAGAAGAAGAGAAGAAAGAACCUGAACCAGUUCCAGAGAAAAAGAAAUUUGACAUGUAA